AUGGUCGUCUUAACAACCGUUGCGGGACUCCAGGGCUCUCUCAGAGAUAUAUCGGGUAUUAUGUAUGUCAUGGGUUUUGCCCUCUUUCACUCAAAUCGCGGCCCCCCCCCCCAGACGAAGCCUGCACUUGGCAUGGCCGCAAACCAGGCCGACGAAAGCCUUCUACCUGCUAUCUUCCAAGGCUGA